UUCAUUACACACGCCCUGGAUUUUCUUCUCCUACACCACCACCACCAAUUUUCUCUCUUCCUUAGAGAGAACAAAGAAGAAGGGAAAAAAAAAACAAAGCAAAAAAAAAAAAAAGGAAGAAAACCCUAAUGGUACCUCGCCGUUUACUCUUCUCCCUUUCUCUCUCUUCUUUCUCUCUCUAGCAGGAUCAGGAACCAAAUCGGUGGAAUAUUUGGAAGAAUAUGUUGGUUAUGAAUCGAAUUUUCUUCUUUGGAGGGUUCCUGAUAUCACAACGAGGCAGUUUCUGUAGGGUUUGCUGAGAAUCUUGUAGGUUUUUGUUUUUACUGAAUCCUGAUUUGAUCGCGGAUGUGGAGUUGGGUUUUUGAGCUAGAUUAGUUGACCGUUGAUAAUUGUUUAGAUAGUGUGUGAUUGCUGGAUGGAUUUGAGUUUUGAAUUUCGAUUCAUGUGAUGAUUUUUUCAUUGUUCUUCGUACCUGAACAUUGAAUUGAAUUGGGUUUGAUUAAGUAGAGUUUUCAUGGAGAACGUGUGUGAUGUGAAUCACUUGGAUGCUGAUGUUCUUCUGCCUCCACGAAAGCGGCUUCUAGCUGGAUUAAAAAAACAGAAUUCGGAUUGUGUUGAUGCUGCUGCCUCUCCUUCGACGAUUGCUGCUUCUUGUGUCACGGUUUGCGAGGGUGCUCCCUCUUCCUCGUCGUCCUAUUCGAGUGAGUUUGAAGCUCGGCUUAAAAAUUUGCUGAGUGCUCAUUCGAGUAACCCUAAUCUUACCCCUGAGGAGGUAGUGGAGGCCUCGAAAGCAGCGGCGGUUGCUGCAAGUAAGACUGCGCAGGCUGCUAGAGCUGCAGCCGAAGAAAAGGCUGAAAUAGCAGCGAAGGCAAUUGCUGCAGCUAAGAGUGCUUUAGAUUUGGUUGCCUCUUUCUCUGAUGAGUCGGUCAACAAGGAAAGAAGUCUCAAAAAGAACAAACAGAAGAAGCAUCUCCCAGUUCAGCUCUUGUACAAAAAAUACCAACCCAUUGAAAAUUGUGGGACAGAUGAAGAAUUGGCUCGAAAGUUACACCGAGCCAUGAACAGUUCUCCUAGGAUCACAAAGAAUUCUCCAAACUCGGAAUCAAAAGGGAGCAGACAGAAGAAGCCUAGAAGCUCUUCGAGCAUGGAAAUGACUGAGGGAUCUGAUGCUGGUAUGGCAAAUGGACAAGACUUAUCUUUGAACAAUGGACAUGCAGCGGCUGGCAAGAUUGAUUCCGAAGGCUCCAUUCAAGAAGUAUGCUCAAGUAAGGAAGACAAGAAGGGACUCAGAUAUGAUAGAUUAAACCAAAUGGAGAUGGACAAUGGGGAAGCAGAGUCAAGCCAGUCAAAGGAGAAAAACACUGAAGAUUUGUCUACCACAGGUAAGAAGAGAGGAAGGGUGAAGCUAAAAAAGUUGCCAUUAAGCAUUUGCACCUCGAAAGACAGGGCGCAGCCAAAGGAAGGUGUCAGGGGUAGAAGCACACCAAUAUCUGAAAUGAACUCGGGGAAUCAUCCUGUUGAUAGUAUUCCUUUGUUUCCAGUUGAGCCAUCCACUGAGAGAGUGAUGCCAAUCGAGGCUACAUCAAUGUGGAAGUGCCAGGAGUUCAAGGCACCGGCUUGUAUCAAACAAAAUAAAGCUGUGCAGUCAUAAUGUUCAACAUAAGUUGAGGUGAUUUGGUGCUAGGAGUCAGAUAGCUGAGGAGGUAGACAUCUUGAUGCUUUCUUUUUACAUAUAUGGCCUUUUAUCUUCUUUUUUUCCUUUUUGGUUCAUCUUUGGUUUUGUAAUGGAUUUGCGCUGACUAAAUGUAAAUUUAGAUUUAUAGUUGCUUGCAUUACUUGUUUCUGUUUAAAGUUGUGUGUAAGUUUAAUUGAUAGGAAAGCUUGGAGUUUAGAUAGGAGGAUGCAAUGACUUGAACAGCUUUUUCAUUAUGCUGCAUAUUCCUUCCCGCAUUUGUGUUGAUAAUAAAAGAGAAAACCUCUUUGGUCUUCUAUUUAUGAA